AUUUUCUGACGAAACCCUUGCGGACCACGUAUGUGCAUAAUGGAAUGGGUUCGUCUUCCACAGACGCCGCCAUAUUGUACGAGAGAAACGAAAGGCGCAACCACGCCAUUGUGCAGAUCACACGAUUUCGUAUCUGGCUGCAAGAACAACGGACAAAGAAUCACUUAAAUGAAUGGACAACAUGUAUAGUAGCAACAUCGACCCAUGGGAACCAGGCUAUGGGCCUGAAAGGAGAGGGCACAAUUCUGACUAUGAAUAUCGUAACGAUUAUGGGAGCAGUAGAUCACCGGAUUACGGAGAGCACCGUGAUAACGAUCAUCGUGAUAGAGACCAUCGUAGUCCAGAGUACAGGAACCAUCGUGGAAGAGAUAGAGACCGUGAAAGAGACCGCUCGAGGGAUAGGAGAGACAGGAGCAGAGACGAUAGAGACCGUAGUUAUAGAGAUAGAGAGGAUCGCUAUGGGAGGCAACGUGAUAGAGACUCUGUAGAAAGAGACAGAGAUCGCGAUCGUGAUCGCGACAGAGACAGAGAUCGUUCGAGAAGAGACAGAGAUAGAGAUAGGGAUAGGGAUCGUAGAGGAAAACGCGAUGACAGAGAUCGGGAUCGCGAUGACGAUCAUAGUCGAGAAAGUAUGGACUUUGAGCACGACCAUGGACGCACCUAUGGUUCGUCCAUGGAAGGCAUCCACUACAAAUCUCAGUCCCCAAACAACACCAUAAUGAUUCGUGGGCUUGCUCAACACAUAACUGAAAAUGACGUGCGGCAAGACAUCCUCAACUGUGGUCUCAUGCCAAAGGACAUCAGGUUGAUUCGUAAAAAGGACACAGGUGCUUCGCGAGGUUUUGCAUUCGUCGAGUUUAACGCGACUCAGGAGGCCGCACGGUGGAUGGAGAUGAAACAGGGAGUACUGAUGCUGCAGGACCAAUAUCGUGCCUUGAUGCAGUACAGUAUACCAAAAGAUUGCCAUGUAGAUAAACCACCAGCAAAGAACACACAGGACUGGCACUGCGUUAAGUGUGGCGCACACAAUUUCAAGAGGCGCGAGACAUGUUUUAAAUGUUCCGCUUCAAGGGCAGAGAGCGAAGAGGGCGGAGAGGGUAGCGAUGAAAUCAGCCCUCACCCUACGAAUACUGUUCUUCUUCGAGGACUGGAUGUUCUGACGACCGAGGAUUCGGUGUUACAGGCAAUGAAGAAUCUCUCGUCAAUGCCUAUACGUAGCAUACGUAUCGGUCGUGAUUCUCUGACAAACACGUCCAGGGGUGUCUGUUAUCUAGAGAUGGGCAACGUGGUGGAUGCCAUGUACUUGCACACGGCGCUCACCAAACAAGGGUUGGUGGUGGACGGUAGAAAGGUCGAGAUCACGUACUGCAAGCUUCACCAAAUAAACAACACGAACACGUGGAAGGCAAACGACAGUCAACCACAGAGAUAUACGUUAGACGAUGUUGCUCAAUUGGCUGAAUACAGUGCCAACUUAUAUGCUAAGACGCCCGCGCAGAAAGCUCACUAUCUCCAGUAUUACACGCAAUAUUAUCAGAAUCAAAUAAUGCAAGGGUCUGCGAUCACGUUGCCGUCUUUGAACCAGACUGAUAGGGUAAACGCGGCGGCGGCCGUAGCACAAUCUGCCAUACAACAGUUACAAGCGUCGAGGAAAUUAGGCGAUGCGGACGAGAUGAAGAACAGACCGACGCCCACGGCACCGACCAGUACCUCGUUGGCGAGUGGAAGAGUGCCUGCUCAUGCUGGUGAUGGUAAAGUUUACUCUGUUCCGGAUGUCAGCACCUAUCACUACGAUGAGUCGUCGGGUUACUACUAUGACCCGAGUACAGGAUUAUAUUACGAUCCCAAUUCGCAAUAUUAUUAUAAUAGUCACACACAACAAUUUCUUUAUUGGGAUGCUGAAUCGUUCUCAUAUCAACCGGCAAAGACAACUGCAGCUGUUACGCAAGCAACAGGAUCUACAACGAGCGGGACUACGAUAACUGCUACCGCUAGUAGUACAGACUCCACGAACACGAUAACCAAUCCAGCAACAACUUCGUCGAUUACCAGUGCGGCGCAAGAAUCGUCCAAAGAGGACGACAGUAAAAAGAAGGACAGCAAGCAGGACAAGGUGAAAGUUGCGAAGAAGAUAGCGAAGGACAUGGAACGCUGGGCGAAGACGUUGAAUCAAAAGAAAGAGAAUGCGAAGAGCAAUUGGAACUCCGAGUUCGCUGGUGGUGAUGGCAAUCAAGGAGUUGGAAGUGGAGCUGCGGACGCAGGGUAUGCCAUAUUGGAGAAGAAGUCUCUCGCGAGUUCUUUCCACGAGGACGAAGACCAGAGCGGGAACAAUGGCUUGGUCGCUGCCUACGGCGGCGGUAGUGACACGGAGGAGGAAAUAGAGGACGUGCAGCAGGAGGAAAGACAGCACACAGAUUGGGCAAAGUUGGCAUGUUUGUUGUGCAAGCGACAAUUUCCGAGCAAGGAAGCAUUACUACGGCAUCAACAACUGUCGGAUCUCCAUAAACAGAAUCUGGAGAAUUGGUAUCAAGUUCGCGGCUUGGAUCCUAAUGACCCGCAACAGAGAAAUAACAAAUAUAGGGACCGCGCCAAAGAGAGAAGAGCGAAAUAUGGUGAACCAGAACCGCCACAGCCAAAUAAGCUGAAGGAGAAAUAUUUGAAAACUAGGGUCGAGGAGAUAUCGGUGUCCUACGAAGAGCCCACGAGAACUGGCAUAGGCUCGGAUAAUGUUGGCAAUAAAUUGUUGCAAAAGAUGGGGUGGAGCGAAGGGAUGGGACUUGGAAAAUCCAACCAAGGUAGAACGAGCAUCAUCGAAGCGGAAAGAAGAGUCCCGACAGCUGGCUUAGGAGCGAAAUCGUCAUCGUACAGCGCAUUGCCCGGAGACACUUAUAAAGAUUGUGUAAAGAAAAUGAUGUACGCACGUUAUCAAGAACUGUCCGAUACAUAAUAUGUCCGACUUCACUGAACAUAGAUUUUAUAUAUACACGCAAGUACUUGUAUUCAACUUUUUUCCAUAGCUGAAUAGGUAUGUCACGUAUUAUUCGAUUAGUAUGCUGUUGGCGUACUAGGUAAUUCAAAACGGUGAUAAUACAUUCUUGGGGAUAUACGUUAAAUCUUUUUUUUUUUUACAUAUUUUCCUGUACGAUUACCUAAUAUUAAUUUACAUUAAUAUACUAAGGUUCUUAGUAGAUAAUAAUAAACUGGUAAUAUUAGUAUUUGCAUAUACGUUUCCGUUCACGUUUUACUUUUUAGUUGUAUUUGCCGCGAUGAAACUAAAAAUUUGUUUAUGCCCAUAGCAGAAGUUACAUUAAUCGAUUUGCUUUCACAAUGCUUACCCAAGAAUGAACUACAUACCAUUAGGAAGAUAGUUUGAAAGAUUAUUAAGCAAUUCCCGUGUAACAAUUUUGUGCACAAUACAGUACUUUUCAUACUUGAACGGUAAAAGAUGUAUAUCGAAGCAUUAUGAAAUGUCUUCGAAUUGAAAGAGAUCUUUAGCCCUCAAAUAUUUUGAUUUCUACUCUGCAUAGUACCAUUUUCAUGAUGCUUCUUUGACGACAAAGCAUACCUAACUAUAAUUAAAAUCCAGUGCAUCUGAAUUCAUUAAUUACUCAUUACAUAUUUAUUACGCUGUGACAAUUUGCAUUGAAUUUCGUAAUUUGUUUAUAAUGUAAUUAUAUCAGAUUUCACGUACAUGGAUAUAGAGAGAUAAUUAUAUUUAUACUCGUGUACACAUGUAACGUGAGCUUUUUCUUUUUAUUACUCAUUUAAGUAGCAAUUUUGAAGAUCAUACAUUCUUUACUAUAUAUACACAUUUCUACAAUCAUUCUUAAACCCUAGCAUUAUUUUUUUAAUUAUACAUGCAAAACCCAUGUAAUGAUAAGUUCGAAGAUAAUAAAAAUACACGCGGCAAAAAUGCCUGCACUACACUA